UACCACCCACGUUCACUCUUUAUUUCCAUUCUCUCUCCUCUCAUCCACGUAAUGCCUGCUCUUAUUCAACGCCCUGCUCCCGCCUUCAAGGCUGAGGCCGUCGUCGAAGAUCUCUUCCAAGAGGUCUCCCUUUGUGAUUAUCUUGGGAGAUGGGUUGUCCUCUUCUUCUACCCAAUGGACUUCACCUUUGUCUGCCCCACCGAGAUCCUUGCUUUCAACGACGCUCUUGAACAAUUCAACAAGCUCGACACUGUGGUUAUUGGUGUCUCCACAGAUUCCAAAUAUUCUCACUUCGCUUGGGCUAGCCAGCCACGGAAGGAGGGUGGACUUGGACCAAAGCUAAAGCUUCCUUUGAUUGCUGACCGUAACAUGUCGAUCUCUCGUGCCUAUGGUGUUUUGCUGGAAGACGAGGGUAUCGCGCUCAGAGGGCUAUUCAUCAUCGAUCCCAAGGGUAUUCUGAGGCAAAUCACGGUUAAUGACCUCCCUGUUGGGCGGUCUGUCGAUGAAACCAUUCGUCUCUUAAAGGCUUUCCAGUUCACCGACAAGCAUGGAGAGGUUUGCCCCGCUAACUGGAGUGAAGGCGGCAAAACCAUCAAGACCGACCACCCCACUGACUCGCUCGCGUACUUUAGCACUACCGGUGUCAACGGUGAAGAUACUUCCGGUUCAGCUAAGAAGCGACAGCGUACUGAGUAAACCUCUUUGUUCAGGUAAUGCUGUCGCUUGAGGCCAACACACCUUUCACCUUUAAUAGAGUGCUAACAGUAGAAACUUGCUAGAUUUAGACUUAGACAAACCGAAAAACUUCACGACACCACCCGUCACGGGUUAAAAUCAUACCUUCCACUUAAUUCCAGUCCUCCGUCGUCUGCUAUCUAGCACAUAUUAUUGCUAUUAUAUAAUAUACGGUUUCUCGAUACUAGUCCCUCGGUCGGACUCGUGUCUAAAGAAAUAUGACAAAACUACGAAGAUUGCUCAGUUGAGAACGC